AUGUCCUCGCCCUCAGAGGGCGAGCCAACCAUGGCAGAUGUGUGGGAGAAACUCAAGCUUGUCAUUUUCAAGCUCUGGCGCCAGACGAGCCGCCGCAUGAGAGUAACUGGCGCUUUUAUACUCUUUCUUGUUGCUUCGUUAUGGCUCUCUCUGCCCUCGAUCAAGACAAUGACCGUGCCGCAAAUCUCUCUCGAAUAUGCACAUUCGCCAUACAACCACUCUAAGGUCGCUCUCCUCGUAGAGAACAGACCCAAUCCCAUUCUCGCGCCUUUGAUGCUGCACUUCAUCUCCGUGGUGCCACCCGAUUGGCGCUUCCGCUUCAUGGGCUCUAUCGAGUCCGUCAAGUUCAUAAACCAGUCUGUUGCUAUUCGCGAACAAGUCGCCGCUGGCAAAUUGGACCUGACCUACAUUCCCGCCAACAUGAGCACAGCUGGUCAGGAGAUGAUCAGUCGUUAUUUAACAAACCUCUGGCUCUAUGAGACGGUCCUGCAGCCUGCCGAGUGGCUCCUCGUCUUUCAGACAGACAGCAUCCUCUGCGCCAACAGUAAGAGGAACAUCAACGACUAUCUCGAGUAUGACUGGAUCGGUGCCCCCUGGAACCCUGGCGGCCGCUGGGGUGGCAAUGGCGGCCUGUCAAUACGUCGUGUCAGCGCCAUGAUCGACAUCCUGAGAAAUCAGCAGCGCGUCGACAAUUCAGAGCCCGAGGACGUUUGGCUUGCCGAGCGCCUUGCUCACCAUCCGGGAAGCAAAGUGGCCAACGGUACCGUGUCGCUGUACUUUAGUGGCGAGAUGCACGUAGGUGAAGGAGCCAAAGUCAAGACAGGAGACGAUGCAACACUCGAGGCUGCCGCUGAAGGAGAGUUGAUAUCGGGUAUCGACGACUCUCGUCAAGGCUUCUACGAGCCCAUGGGCUACCACACGGGAGGCAGCGGCGUUUGGCUUCAUGGUUCCAUAUGGGGUUCUCCGAAGCUGCGCAAGCAUAUUUGGGACUAUUGCCCCGAGAUCAAACUCACACUUGCCAUGGACGCCGCCAAGUAUGUGCCCGGCAACUGCAAGGCAAACUGGAAGAGAGACCUUGAGGGCGUGCUUGAGGCGGAAAGUGAUGGUCAAUCAGAAGCUGGCGAGGAAGCGGAGGAUUCGCAGUACCCCUUUGGAACAGAGAUCAUUGAGGGGAGGGAGUAUCCAAAACUGCCGCCCUCUCUGGUGGCAUGGUGA